GAGGUAUGCAUGUACUGAGGCAUCUUUUUCCGCCCAUCAAACUUCGUUUGGCUCCUUGGAUUUCUCCUGAGCCUAUUUAAAGAUGAUGCCCCAUGGUUUCGCCCGCCAAUGAUUCAAAGCAUUCGAGCAUACUUAAUUCUUAAUCGUAAAAAAGUUUCCGAAAAGGAGGUCCAGAGUCUCUCAUGUUUGCGAUCGAGAGUAGCCCUUACAACUCCAUGAAUAAACAGUCCAGGAUGCAUAAGUUAUUCAUCCUAUGGGUUUUAUAUAUUCUUUUUGUGAAACUACCCCCGCUAUCAUCUAUCUACCCCUCCUCCCAUGUAUAUAAGAUGCGCCCGGAGCAGAAGGAAGCGCAUAUAAAGAAAGUCACAUCUGCCAUAUUCCCUACACACCAGCCUUCCAAGACCUUAUCUAACCAUAUCAUACCUUUCAUUAACAAGCGGCGACACGAUGCCAUCCUCAAUCCUCCUCCAAAACUCAGCAAUCAUCGUCCCUAGCUCCAGGGCAAGCACUUAUGCUGUCCCACUGAGCGGGCACUCCCGUCUCAUCGAGGGCAACAUAAUCACCCGCAUAGCUCCGCAUGCGGAUGUCCAGGCUCCCUCUGCGGACACGGAAGUCAUUGAUUGUCGUGGCAAUAUUGUAUCGCCGGGCUUCGUUGAUACGCACCAUUCAUCUCUGGCAGACGCAGCCGAAGGGCAGGCAUGCGGAUCAUUCGUUGAUGGAGUACAUGCCUUCUGGUAUGUGGCAUGCCAUUUGCUGUUUAUUUCGUUGCUGUUGACUGAGGCGGAAACAUGCAAUGCUCGAACUAUACGGCCAGCGAUAUUUCCCGGGGACAACUCGGUGGCUGUCUUGCCUCCAUCGAUGGCGCACAUGAGCUACUCGGCAGCGCAUGGUACGAGGAUCUUUAAUUUGAAGACCGCAAAAAGAGAAUCUGUCUCUGAACUUCAACGUUACUCACUCCUGUUUAAUUAUCUUAGUCGAGAACGCCGUCUCCGUAAAAAUUCCCUCGGGCAUCCGCUCGAUUUUCUGUUUCACUCCCACCUGAACAAGGACAUUUUCCCUGCAUGGGUGUUCAAAACCAUCGAUAAACUCGCCCAGGAAAUGAUUAUCGAAAUGUUUGAGCGGGUGACAAAGGCUGGAGUCAAAAUUAUCACAGCACAUUACCUACAUGGGAUUUACGACUACAAUGGUGUACCCCUCGUCGACAUACUCGACUCCUACAACCUCUUAGGCGCAAACAUCAUCCUCUCCGAUGCCACCGACGUCUCUCCAGCCGCCGCGCAGAAGAUCAUCUCAACCAAUGCCUUUGUCUCCAGCACCCCAGAAACAGAGUUACAAAUGGGUCACAGAUUACCCGUCUGCUUCCAUGACAACAUAAAGGACCAAUGCUCGCUGGGCAUAGACUGCCACUCCAACAACUGCUCCGACAUGAUCACGCAGAGGCGUCUGGGUUUACAAUCUGCCCAAGCCGUGCGUAACGAAGAGCUGAUCGAAAAGGGCGAAAUACCCAUUGUGAAGACCUCAGGGAGUGUUAGGUAUGCGUUCCGCCUCGCGACGAUACAGGGCGCCAAGUCUGUGCAUAUGCAGGACCAAAUGGGGAGUCUGGUCGAGGGGCAAAGGGUGGAUAUUGUUGACGCGCUGAGUCCUGGUAUGCGGAUAUUGAGACGGUCAGUUGAUGGGGUUGUUAGGAAGAGGGGUGGGAAGUUGGUGAAGUUAGCCGUCGAGGAAGGGAUUGCAGGGAUUGGUAAAGCGGAAGUUGUAUGGGCGGAUGUGGCGGAGCAGCUCGUUAGGAGUUGGGAGGAUUCAGGAGAGGAUUGA